CAUUCGGAAGUAUUGCGUUCCGAAUGCAAAGUCAGCAUGGAUCAUAGAAGUUUGACCACCGCAUUGAAAGAGUUUUCAUCAUUGACUUCAAAACUCGAGGACUUUUUAAGUUGCAAUAAUAAGAGUCAUGACAGAUUUAAGACCUCAACAAAACUUAUCUAUGACUUUUGUAAGAAUUGUGAAAGUAAUCGUUUACAAGACCAAGCAUUACCAGAACUGAUUAUUAAACAUUUUGACAAUGAACAAAUUUGGCAAGAGCUGGAGUUACAAAAUAAUUCCUUAGUUGAUAAUCUAUUAGGAAAUGUGGCUGGACUUUUGACUGGGAAACAGUCAGUAAACUUUCUGACAAAAGAUACAGGUAAAGAAGUCAGAAAAGAAAAUGAAAAGACUCGAAAAAAAGAUAAAAAUUCAGAAAAAGAUGUUGAAGAUGAGGCUGAUGAUACAGAUGAAGAAAUAGAUAAAAUAAAAUCAAGAUUAGAAGGAUCUGAAGAUGAAAUUGAUGAAGGUGAUGAAUCAGAUGAAAAUGAGGAUGUUGAUUUUGAUUUUAAUUCCAUUAACCCUCUUCAGAAUAAUGAAGAUGAUGAAAGUGUUGAUGAGAAAGAUACACAUAUUGACUCAGACUCUGAUAGCGAUAAAAAAAAGAAAAAGAAAAGUUCUGUUAAAAAAUCUGGUAAAGUUAGUAUUGUUGAUGAUCAGUUUUUCAAGUUGGCAGAAAUGGAGGCUUUCCUUGAACAGGAAGAUGCAAAGGAAAUGAGACGACAGAAGAGAGAGGAAAAGGGAGAUGAUAAUGACAAGAACAUUUCAUCAGAAGAUGAAGACAUUGACAUGUUUGCCAAUCUGUCUUCAGAUGAUCAGGAGGAAGAAGCUAAAUACAAGGACUUUUUUGAUCCACCAGAUGAUGUAGAAUCUGAGAAACAGAAAAAGGUCAAAUUCAAGAACAUUAAAAGCAAAAAACCAGAUGAUGAAAAUGAUGAAGGAGAUGAAGCAGAAGAUGAAAGUGAUGAAAAUAGUGAUGAAGAUGAUAACAGUUUGCAGCAGACACACAAAUCUGGAUUGUUUGAUAGUGAUAGUGAAGGAGAAGAUGUGAAUGAUGUACUUGGUAGAGCCAAACCACAAGAUAAAUCAUCUUAUGAGAAACGACAAGAAAAGCUUAAAGAAAAGAUAAAGAAGAUGGAAGAAGCAAGUUUAGGAGAUAAAACAUGGCAACUCAAAGGGGAGACAACUGGUACUGCUCGACCAGAAAACAGUUUAUUAGAAGAACAUUUGAUGUUUGAUCAUAUAGCAAAAAUACCUAAAGUAAUCACAGAAGAAAUAACAGAAACGUUGGAAAGUUUGAUUAAAAGGAGAAUAAAGGACAAGGCAUGGGAUGAUGUUGAAAGGAAAGUGAAACUUAAAGAGAAUCCAUUUGAAUACAAGAAAAGGAUAACAUUAGACCAAGAAAAAAGUAAACAAAGUCUGGGAGAGAUUUAUGAACAGGAAUAUCUAAAGCAACAACAGGCAGAAGAAGAAGAAAAAACAGAUCAAGAUCAUGAGGAAAUAAAAAAAAUGAUGCAGUCUUUAUUUAUCAAACUGGAUGCCUUGUCGAACUUCCACUACACACCUAAACCUGCAGCACCUGAAAUAAAGAUAGUGUCUAAUAUGCCAACCAUUUCCAUGGAAGAGGUAGCUCCAGUCAGUGUUAGCGAGAAUGUUAUAUUAGCUCCAGAGGAAAUUAAGGAAAAGAUGAAGGGGGAGUUGAAAGCUACGACAGAAAAAUCAGACACAGACAAAAAGAGAGAAAGAAGGACAAAGAAAAACAUGAAAAAAAAGAAACGAAAAGAGAGAAAUCAAAGGGAAAAGUUGAUAGAAAAAUUAAAUCCAGGUCUUGGAAAUAAAUAUAGCAAAGAAAAAGCUCAGAAAGAAUUGGAAAAACAGAGCAAAUCUGGGAAAGGUGUAACAAUGAUUAAGAACCAUGAUAAAAGUAAAAAGAAAUCAUCAUUGACAUCAUCCAAGUCAUUCUUUACUCAGCUACAGGAGGAAGUUACCACACAGAUUAAAUCUAAAAAGGCAGAAAAGAGAAGGAAUGAAAAUUCUGGCACUUUAGCAUCUAAAAAAUUAAAAUUAUAGACAUUUUA